GGCUGUGAUCGAAGUAAUCAUAGGCCAUUUGUUUUUUUUUUUUUUUUAAUUCUGUAUUAAUUUGGCCACAAAAAUGACAUAUUGCUCAAACUGUUUCAAACAAAUUACUAGUGAUGGAAGUCCAUUAUCCCUGAACCAAACGCCACUUUUCAGCAGCAUAACAGAGGACCAAGAAAUGUCCCGCUUCUUGUAUCGCCUCACGCAGGAGAUUGUGACUUCGCGAAAUUUCUCCGAUGACAACAUCAACCGCAUCUGCAGAAAGCACUAUCGAAACUCAAGCUACCCAGACAAAGCACGGCUUACUAAAACAAUAAAUGAUCUCAAACACAAACUGGAAGUACAGUACAGUGAUUGGGAUCAUGGAUCGUCGGAAGCGGCUAGCGAAAAGGAACGCCGAUGCGUUUGCAAAAAGCCUAGGCGGCCCAGCAAGCAAUCUAAUGAAGUAAAUGUACAGGAUAAAUCCAUCAGCGUACAGUCGUUCAACAAGUUACCGGGUAUGCUGGUAAACCAAGCUGCACAGUUUGAAGGAGCACUGACCGAUCACCCUAAUCUACCAAUCAAAACACGGUUUUCGAAUCCUCUGAAAACGUGCCUCGAAAAGACUAGUUCAACCGAUUCCAUUAGCACCAUUACUACGUAUAACUUCUCGUCUCCGAUGUAUUCACCGUUUUCCGACAUGAUACAUCAUCCGAAGUCCUUGGAAGAAGCUCAAACGCUAAUCGGACAGAUCCUGUCGAACUCGAAGGGCGAUCAGGUAGAAGACUUGGUGGAUAGCUGUUGCGGCCGCGGCAAGGAUUCAACGGCGGACAGCUCAGCUGAUAUGGUAAUGCGCAUGGCAGCUUCGGAUAGGGUGCUCCGAGGGCAGCUCGAGCCCAAGUGCCCUUUGCAUCGGUGUGAGGAAUUUGGUCACAGCUCUGCCGCUGGAGGCUGUGGCACUGGAUGUGGUAGCGACAUGCCUCUUCCCAAGCCAACCGUUGAAGAAACGGAUACACCACCGGCAACGUGUUGCGGCAGAAGGAAAAGUAGAAAAACUAGUGCUAGAAAAGGCGAUGCUGCUGGAAAGGGGAAGAAUGGUAAAAAGAGUAAAAAAGUUACGAGUGGCGGCCAAAACCGGUGUGAUAGGAAAUAAAAUUUGCUUGUAUUGUUAUUAUCUUCUUUAACUGUAGAUUAUAGGGGAACGGUUUGCCACUUAAUCUCAUAGCUCCUAUUUUCAUCCCAUCAAAAAU